AUGGCAGCGCCUACUGCCUCGUUACCUUCAGGUCUGCCUAACCCUGUUUCAGCAGGGAGUGAAGAAGAGACGGUAGUGAGAUUUGAUAACGACGAUAUACAAGAAGGAGUGGAAAAAUGUUCGAAAAGUCUGGUUGGAAGAUUGUUGGCGGACAGAGGGUUUAGUUCUGGAACUCUAGAAGCAGCUCUUACAGCCAUCUGGAGACAACCAGAUGGUUUUAAAGUUCUGAAUCAUGGAGGCAAUGUUUUUCAAUUCUUCUUUGAUAAAGAGAUAGAUCUGAUUAGAGUCGAAAAGGGAGCACCUUGGCUCUUUAAGAAUUAUAUUUUGAACCUGAAAAGAUGGGAGGAAGACCUGCAGAUAAAGGAAGAAGAGUUCAUUCACGUCCCUAUCUGGGUACAAUUGUGGGGAGUCCCAGAGCAUUGCAAAACAAAAAAUCUGAGAAAGAAGGUGGGGGAGGCGUUGGGAAGGGUCUUAGAUGUUGAGCUAUUCACGAUUCGAGGGAAAGACGAGAGAAUUCUCAAGAUUCAGGUUUUGCUGGAUAUCACAAAACCCUUAAGAAGAUGGCUCAAAAUUGCGGGCAACAACAAUAAAGUGACUGAAUUAAAGCUCCGGUAUGAGAGGAUCGGAAAUUUUUGUCAUUACUGUGGAUAUAUCGGUCACGAAGUUAGAACAUGCAGCAAUUACCUGAAAGACUCAGUAGCUGGUGAAACUAGAGAGGAGAUGUGGGGGGCAUGGCUUCGGGCUGAGCUGAUUGGGUGGAGAGUGGAUAAGAAAAAAGAGAACCAAAACCCAAACGCUGCUGCAAAUCCAGAGGAGGAACGGUACAAGACCAAAAAACCAACUCCUAUUAGCCUAAUAAGAGGGCUUGCUAGUCUAUCGGUUCAAGACGGCAACUCUCAAAUUAGAGGAAUAGAGAGUGUUCCAAGGAGGGGAGAAACUCAGGAGGGGGAAAGAGGAGAAAAGGAGGAUGGAGCAGACAGUAUGGAAAGAUUCGAAAAAAGAGGUAAAGAAGGUACUAUUGAUGCAGAAAAUUCAAUCCAGCUCAAUACAGAGGAAUGCAGGGUUUUGAGCAGUAAAACUAAUAAUACAAAUGGUAAGAAGACAAUAAGAAGACAGAACUUGAAACUCCUGGCAAGAAAGGGUAUAGGCAGUUCAGUGUUGGGGUCUAAAAGAAGAUCAGAGGAGGAGGAAAAUAAUGCAAGUAGUAAAAAGUUGUGCCAAGAAGUCAGUACACCAGCUGAAUUGGGAGAGGGUGCCACCCAACAUAUGGCACCCCAGAAGGGAUGA